UCGUUCUUUAAAUAGAUGUUACAGUUGUUAGGCUACUAAAUGUUUAGCUCACAAACAACUUGCCUCAUAUUGUCAGGUGUCAGCUGGCUAACUGUUGUAUAACCUAAGUUACACAUUUAAAAAUAUAUAUAUUUUUUAAGUUACACAUUUUAAGGUCUAUGACAUGUUUUAAAUUGAUGAGUGAGAUAAUUCAUGAAUGCAUCAAAGUGUUUAGUAAUGUAAACGUAAAGAUUAAAGAUCUAUUUACAAAAUAAAAUCAUUAAAACCAUUGUAACUCCAUUAAAUUACCAAGUAGGCCUAGCUAACAUUGGUUAGCAUAGUGGGCUAACACUCAGUCUAAAUUACAUUAAUAGCUUACUAGCCUACUCAUUAUGAAAUAGUCUGCACAUGUUUUUGAUCAUGUGCCCAUAAAUUAUGUAACAUAUAAAGGAAUAGAUGUUAGUUUAAUGUAAUAGUUACACUUUUCUCCUACUGUUAGGCUACUUUUCAAAGUUAUGCUAUUAGCUGUGCUAACAAGGCUAAUCAAAGUUUUCUGCUUUUGACUGAUUGAAGCUAGCAUGUUUCCAUAGCAGCCAUUUUACACAUUAAAUUCUUUACUCAGACUUUAGGUUACAUCAGGUUUUAACAUUUUAACAUGGAUCUGUAUUUUAGGCUUCAGUGUUUUUAUGCCAGCAGCUAUGUCUGUUUGUCUUUUUUGUUUGUAUUUACAGACUUUAUGACAAUGCGCUCUUGAAAUGUGCCACUAUAAACUUUAGGGGAGCAUUAGGGGAGCUUUAAGGCUCACUGAUGUGAAACAAACAUAUCCAGCAGGUGGGCUGAGUGAGCCAGGUGCUCAGUAAGGUUUUAAACAGCCUACAGCUGCUGAGUGAGCAACACAAAACAAGAAAGAAGAAGGGAAACUAGCUGACACAGAAAAAAGUUGUUAAAGUCCAACAAAAUUAUGAAUAAAGCCUACAGGGAGGGCCCCCUACCGACCCCAGUCAUUUUCAUAUUGUCAACGAGUUUAGGCUCAGCUCAACUCUCCUCGGUGUGGAAAGUGAAACUAGGGUAAUUCCUGGUCAUCCGCAGGUUAUGACUCGUCACCAAUGACAGUAAAUGCAACGUUAUUACUCACAGUCCAACCAGUUUCACGAACUUGACCAUGAUUGGUUUCUGCAUGCUUAUUAGUCAGGCUGCUGCCAGGUGUCAUGUCUCUGAACGCUCACUAGAUGGCCACAAUGAACCAGCACCAUCUGAAAUUUGUGCCCCUCCAACGCACAAUCGGAUCCUGGAAUUUAUUCUCAGGAGCUCUGCUUCUCCUUCUACCCUGGUUUGGCGGACUGGUCCUCGGAGAGAUCAGCGACAACUUUUCCCAGUGCCUCAAUUUCUUCUACAAUGAAACCCCACCGAGCGGUAUUCCUGCUGCGGGAUACCAGCCAAUAUGCCAGCGCUACAAGAACCAGUACCACUUUGCCAGCCUGUAUCACCGUCAGCACCGUGCACCUUUGUACUCUGCCUACAUACUCAGUCCUGCAGAUGGCAAACGGCCCAAUAACACUUGGAAAUAUGAACCGCAGUUGGCAUUUUCCCGUGCCAGCCCGGAGAUGAAAUCCUUCUAUGGAGACGCCCCAGUGGACCAGAAUGUGAUCGAGAGCCAGGCGGUGCUUGAGGACUACAAGAACUCCGGCUACACCAAAGGCCACCUCAAUCCCAGCAUGCACCAGAAGACGAUGGCAGACCGAGAGGCCACCUUCACCCUGACAAACAUCGUCCCUCAGCAAGCAGGCUCCAACAGCGGACCCUGGAGUGGUCUGGAGAGGGAGGUGUUGGGAAAAUUCAAGGCCUACUGCAACGGGUCAAUGUACGUGAUCACCGGAGCUCUGCCUUAUAUCACGGAACGCUGGAUUAAUAACAGGGUGUCUGCUCCCGAGUACAUGUGGUCUGCCUACUGCUGCCCAUCCUACAGUAGCAACCUUCCAACGUCCAUGAAGAAGUUUUUCCCCACGUAUGCUGCAGUGGGAAGGAACGACCGCAACAGUUCACAGGAGAUCGUGCCGGUUAAUGUCAAGGCGAGGGCCUCGGUGAGGGGCUAUGACGUGAGGAGGAUGUCUUUAGAGACUCUGGAGGACAUCCUGGCGCAGAGGCUGGGCAUGCCCAUCAGUCUGUUUCAUGGACAGUGUCAGUAGCAAGGACAGAAAAGCUUUAGUACCUUGUUGAAAUCAAAUGUGCACUGCAGCCACCAGUCAAGAAGUCUUCCUGACACGUUUUAAUAGCUGAAUGAGUCUUUAAUUGACCAGGACAGGAUAAUGAUGUUGUGAUUUUACCAAUAUAACAAAACUGAAAUGAAUGAGUCUAUUGAUGAAACAAAUCAAACAAAAUGUUGAUUAUAUUUUCAGAAAAGAGAAUGCCAUUGGUUUAAAUGUCCUUGCAUGGACAUUUUUUAUUUAAGCUGUUGACACAAAUGCAAAAUCCUCCAAAUAAAAGGGUCACAUUCUGUACCGAAGCAUUAAAGUACUGUGUGACAUCAUGCAACAGCAGCCAUUAGCUGUUACGGCUAACUGUGGUGUCUUCCAUAUUAAACUGGAUUAACCUGCUGGGGGCCCUGGGGCAAAAUGAGCUAAUGAGCUAUGACAUCUAUUUACCUCCCAAAUUCAUCCCACUCUCUGUGCAAAUGUGUAGAGUCUUUGUGUUGUGGGAGACGAUGUAAGUUGGCUGUGAGGUAAAUUAAACAAACCCGUUCAGUCAGUAAUAAACCUUAUUCACACGACGCUCAACUUCAUCUGAAAUCACUCUCAGGAUGUGAAGCUCAGAUGUUGUACUGCUGAGCUCCAGGUUGCAAAUCCUACAAACAAAGGAAAUCUGAAAUGUUUUUUUAUGAUUUCACCGCCUCCAGAUUGUUCUGCAACGGAAAAGUCAAAAUCUGGAGGAGAAUUCGAGCAUUGAGCCAAUUAAGCAUUCAAUCACUUCCAAGCAAUUUCAUUAUUUCCUGCUUGAUAACAUCCAGUGUGUUUCAUUUCCAGCCUUAUAUAAAUGUGUAUGAUGUGCUUUUUGUUACUUGGACUUUCGUCAUCGUUUCACUGCUUCCUGAUCGACCAGUAAGUGAAAAGCCGACCCAUUAGCUUCAGUAAGAUAACAGCUUACGCUCGGCUACUUUCUAGCUAAAUUUACAGUUUGAUGAAAGUUACACGAUACGAUAGGAAAGGCUCAAAUAAACUCUAAAAAUAUCAAUGCACACCUUUAGUCAAAGUCACAUUUAGUAUCGAAGUGAAACACACUGGAUGUAAUGAAAAUGGUAAUGUUAGCCUGGAUGCUAAUGUUAGCAAAUAGACUGUUUUACCUUGAAAUGUGGCCUGAUGUCCCUCUAGAUUUUCAUUAUCCAUCAACUUUUCAGCCGCCAAUCAAUCAAGAGCUGGUAAAAUGGUGACAAUGUGUCAGACUUGCUUUGUUUAUACAACUUGCAACUGGGAACACAGCAGCGUGACAUUAUCUCAGUGUUUAAACUUCCCAUCCUGACAGUAACGUCAAAGGAAAAAUGGCCCCCGUGUGAAUGUGGUCGAUAUGCAACAUUUAGGCACAAAGCUGGAAAACUGAAUGAAGGUAUAUAAACUCUAUACCAACUCACUUGGUAUGAUGCAACCUCCAGAUGUAAAGUAGAUAAUACUGUUUGUCAAUACAAUAAACUAGAACAGCUGACCAUGAAAAUAAAUCAAAUAUUACAUGAUUUGAACAUCCAUGCUGCGCAGAAUGUUAAAGAAUGUCUUUCCCCCUGCUUCAAAUCAACUCCAUGCUUUCAUUGCUGAUG